UCAAUGUCAAUCGCUCUGAUUCUGAUCUUGAUAACCUAACUUCCAGUUUUUAUUUAAAAAUUGCAAAUUUUGAGCCUUGUGGUGUUAAUUACUAAUUUUGUGGUCAAUUCCAAAAUCACCUAAAUUAAUCAGGAAAAAUGUCUGAGCAACAGGUAGCUUCAACCCCAGCGUCCGCAGCCGUGUCGGCCACCAGCGUCGCUGAGGAGCAACGGUCGGGCAGCGGAGGAACCGUUGCAGGCUCUGGCGGCAGUGCAACUGGCAGUGCGGCUGGAUCAGCUGGAUCUGAAGAGAAAUUAUAUGGAGGAUGUGAAGGCCCAAACGCUAUGUAUGUGAAGCUGAUCUCUUCAGAUGGCCAUGAGUUCAUUGUGAAGAGGGAACAUGCGCUCACCUCGGGCACUAUCAAGGCUAUGUUGAGUGGACCUGGACAGUUUGCUGAGAAUGAGGCCAAUGAAGUCAACUUUAGGGAGAUUCCCUCCCACGUACUGCAGAAGGUGUGCAUGUACUUCACGUACAAAGUUCGUUACACAAACUCGUCGACGGAAAUCCCUGAGUUCCCGAUCGCCCCGGAAAUUGCGCUGGAGUUGCUGAUGGCUGCUAACUUCCUUGACUGUUAAGAGUACAGCUAUGUACCGGUAGAUGGUGCUAGUGAGACGGCCACCAAAGAGGUUGACUGCAAAAAGUUUGUAAUAAAAACUUAGCAGCUGUCUGAUGAAGAUCUCUUGACAUUGUAAGGUUCCUCACUCAUAUAUUAUCUUAUAAUGUAAUGUAAAAUGUUAAUAAAAGAAACAUUCUUAAUAAGUAAAUUAAUUGAAUUUAUUAUUUUUAUAUUUAACAGACAGCAAUAAAUUUUUAUUUGCUAAACCUCUUUGUUUAUUUUUAGUUGCCAUGGUAACGUGUCUCACUAGCGCCACAAUGAUCAAAGUGGUCAUUAUAAUAAUAUAUGAGAUCAGUUCACACAGAUUUGUGUGAUAUCAAUAUGUUUACGGUUUAAAAAUCGACCGACACUGGUCGGUAAAUUAACGGUGGAUUUAUUAAUUACACAUAAUAUUUUGUACUUUUAAUAGACAGGGAUACACUAUAUCAAAGAAGAUUUGACAUUGUUGAAUUAACGAAGAAAAGUAAUCUAAGGAAGAUUGUCUAUUUAGAAAUCUUCGCUACCUAUGUAAUGAAUUCUGUACUAUUGUUGGCAGACUUACUGAGUAUUAUAAGAUUGUGACUCGAAACUAGUAGAAUUUUAAAUAAGCCAUUAUUUCAAUUAUAUUUGGGAAAAUGUGAUGUACACUAAGUUCAUGUCUAUGUAGCCUUUACAGGAAUAAAAGGCGUGAUCUUACAUUUAUAACUGUCUAUUAAAAUAUAAUUUUAACACAACACAUAAAUCUUACUUCUCAUAGUGAUAUUUUUCACUUUAUUCAUCGUUCAAUAAAGAUUAUAAUCGUAUGGUUGGUUCGCUCAUUUAUACAAUGAUUAUAAAAUUACGCAACGUCACCUAGAAACAGAGCAUUGCUGUGUGUUAAUUAAAUAGGAUGUUGUUGUCGUAAUAUUAUUUAAAGUAUUUUCAUUGAGCAAACCAACUUUUCAUUUAUUCAAUAAGUUUUAUAAUAUAUUCAUGAAUAAACAAUCUAUUUUAGCUGUACACUGGUUCUGUUUACAACUUUAUUCGUAAAUGAAAGUUGUACAGCCGAAUGGACUUAUUUAUUUAUGAAUACAAACAAUCAGAGGCGUAUUAAAACCUAGAUAGAGCGCCAUAGGCCUCACAGCCGCCUCUAAUAAUUUUGGCGCCGCUGUCAGUCUAUGGGCAUGCGACUCUCGAUGUCGCGGCGCCCCACUGUAAAUGCCUAAGGCACUUGCCAAGUUUGCAUCAAGGAUAAUGCAGCUCUGUAAGCAAUACUUAGUCCAUUUGUUUCUUGCUAGUAUGUCAAGGGUGAACGCAAAUAAGGGUAAAUAAACUAAAACCCUUUUAUAGUAAUAUGGUGUUAUAAUAUCGGGUCGAUGAAUUUAAUAAUUUCUUUAGCAAAGUCUGAUUUCUAUUGUAUUAUAAUUUUUAGUAAACAAAAAUUGUAAAUGUCAUUUUUGUACAUACAAACAAUUACAUGUAGUGGAUAUUUUGGGAAUGAUUGUAGGUACAGCUGUUAGUAAUCACUGUUAUAACGUCUCUCUUUGAAGUGUUUGUUGGUAAAAUGAAAGUGUUUUCAUUUUUAAAGAUAAUGAAUUGACGAACUUUCCUCUUGUUUAUUAAACCUCAGUGCACCGAAAUGGCGUUCCAUUUCAGUUGUGGUCCAAUUUUCGCAUUGGAAAAGUUAUUAUUAAGGCUUUCACUGCCAAUAGAAAACUGUUAAAGGUAAAUUCUCCGCUAACUUCGGUCACAUGUGACCCCAUAUCGGUUAACGUGUUAAGAAAUUGUAAUAAUUUCUGAAAUAGUAACCCUCUGUAAGUAAUAUACUUUCUGCGAUUUAUCAAUUCUAAAAUACUUUCAUUUUGCAAACAAACACACUAAUUAACUUAAAAAAACAAUAAUAAUCUUAUAUUUGUUCCGUAGUUUGUGGGUACCGCAUUUAAAGAGCACUUUUUUACGUUCAAAUACCAAAAAUGCUAUUUAUAUGCUAUUAUACGUCAGUAAUAUUUUUCUAACGUCACUAAUAACUUGUAAUAUUAAUACUGUAGGUAAACUUAGCAAAAAAAUCACAUUUCAAGGUCGAAAUAAAUAACAAUUACAAUAUUUAGCUAUCUCUUUCUUACCAUUUAAAAAUACU